AUGGAGACAUUCAAGCUCUCUCUUCCAGACAGCGGCAUAAUAUCUGGCCGAUACAGCUUCCCAAGUAGGGAUAGGAAAUCAUCCCACGUUCGGCCGCUCAUUGUGUGCAUCCCCGGUGGAAGUUAUGAUUCCCGGUACUUUGACGUUGAUGGAGCUCAAUCAAUUGUCAGCUUGUCGACUUCUUUGAAUAUUCCAGUUAUUGCGAUAGAUCGCCCUGGCUAUGGAGCAAGCACACCAACUGCCAACACUGAAAAUGCAUCGACUUACGCUCAAAGCCAAGGGAGAUACCUCAAUUCAACAAUCCUGCCAGCCAUGUGGAAAGCCUUUGCAAAGCGCGCCCAAGCCCCGGCCAUAGUCCUGUUAUCACAUUCCAUCGGCGCAAUGAUUGCAACCAUUGCUGCCGGGUCUUACACCGGUGCAGAGCCUUAUCCUCUCGCAGGAAUUAUUACAUCUGGCAUUGGUACCCAGCUUGUGGAAGGACCGAGACAGGGCAUGGUUCAUCUACUGCACGAAGCAACCGAGGUCAUCCACUUCGAACCAGCACCCAAAGACGCCAUCAUGCUGCAACUGCCACAAAUGAACCUUGCGCCAAUCAGGAUGUGUCGGUUUACGGAGCAAUUGAACAGGCCGGUACCCUGCGGCGAAUUACGUGAUAUCAACCUCACAUGGCUUAACUACUGGACGCAGUAUUCGUCAAAAGUCAAGGUUCCACUGCUGUACGGGCUGGGCGAGUUUGAUGGUCUCUGGACCUGCUCGCAGGAGACAAUGUACGCGUAUAAAGCUGCUUUCCCGCAGAGCCCGAACGUGGCCUGUGAAAUCAUGCCAAUGGCGCCACACUGCAUGGAGCUGAGCUUUCAGAGUCAGGCCUGGUAUUUGAAAUGUUUCGCGUUUGCGAUUGAGUGUAUCACGUCACAAUCACUGCGGUCUACAAUGCAGCCCACGGGGGAUGAGGACAAGAGCGUUUCUCCUGCUCGGGGUAUCAUAACUACCGUUUACACGACCUCCUACGGGGACACCCUGUUGGAAAGGCCACCCCUCUAG